UCACUCACACACACGAGAGUCUGUCUGAGUACUUUUGAAAGAGAGCAGGAUCUUCAAGCUGUCAAAAGAUCAGAGAGAGCCCGUCCCUUCACUUAUGAGAGCCGUUUACGCCACAAAUACUGUUUCUGCUGAGCGGGAGGAGGCGCGUUUGUCUGCAAACCCCGCUUUAAAACAAGAAAAAUGUCAGUGAACCCGAAAUUUGUGAGUCCUUUCCACAGACCGCACUGUUUAUCAGCCGCUGCGCCCGCAGGACAAGCCAAACUCACACACCCUGGAAAGGCCAUUUUAGCUGGUGGGAUUGCUGGAGGCAUUGAAAUCUGCAUCACAUUUCCCACAGAGUAUGUGAAGACUCAGCUUCAGUUAGAUGAGAAGGCAAACCCGCCUCGCUACAAAGGCAUCGUCGACUGUGUGAAGCAGACGGUGCGUGGUCAUGGGGUGAAGGGUCUGUACCGUGGUCUGAGCUCUCUGGUCUAUGGCUCCAUUCCCAAAGCCGCAGUGAGGUUUGGGAUGUUUGAGUUCCUCAGUAAUAAGAUGAGGGAUGAGUCUGGGAAGCUGGACAGCACUCGAGGGUUGCUCUGCGGUCUGGGCGCAGGAGUGGCCGAGGCUGUGGUCGUGGUGUGUCCUAUGGAGACUGUAAAGGUCAAAUUCAUCCACGAUCAGACCUCAGCGAACCCAAAGUACCGAGGAUUUUUCCAUGGUGUGAGAGAAAUAGUCAGAACACAAGGACUCAAAGGAACAUAUCAGGGACUGACCGCAACAGUCCUGAAGCAGGGCUCGAACCAGGCCAUCCGUUUCUACGUGAUGACCGCUCUCAGAAACUGGUAUAAAGGUGAUAACCCCAAUAAGGCUAUUAACCCUCUCGUGACCGGAGUGUUUGGAGCCGUUGCUGGAGCUGCAAGUGUGUUUGGAAAUACACCACUGGAUGUGAUCAAAACCAGAAUGCAGGGAUUGGAAGCUCACAAAUAUAAGAGCACAGUUGACUGCGCCGUCAAAAUCCUGAAACACGAAGGGCCGGCUGCGUUCUACAAAGGUACCGUGCCCAGGUUAGGUCGGGUGUGUAUGGACGUGGCUAUAGUGUUCAUAAUCUACGAGGAAGUGGUUAAAGUUCUCAACAAGGUGUGGAAGACGGACUGAUGGGCGGAGCCUGGCCUUCAUGACAUCAUAUUACAGCAUUUCUUCAUCAGCCAAAAUAUCUGCCAACAGCAGAUGACUCAGAAAGCCACUGAAAUGUGUUUAAUUACCACCGUUUAAUCAAUUUCCCCAGCUAAUGUGAGAAAGACACCAAAUACUUGAAAACUACUUUUUAACUCAAAGACCAAUUUAAAUAUCAGACUUUAAAAAAAAUGUUAAAUGGAAACUUACAUCAUUAGGGAUGUAUUUUAUUUAAUUUUUUAAACAUUAGGUAGCAUAGAAAAAGUAAUUCUAGUUUUAACUAUAUUAUUUUCUAAAGUGCAAUUUACCAGCAAAUAUUAUACUUUUUAAUUGUCAUUUUAUUUUCCUAACUUGUGAUUCUAUACUAAGUGCUGAGGGCCUAAUUUGAACACUGUAAAACUUAAGAAAAAGUCUAAAUCUGGAUCCAUAUAUUAACCUCAUCCACAAAAAAUAACACCAAAGCUUUUAAUUAUAAGAUAUAAAUGUGUUUUGUACCCUAUCUAUACGUUUUUAAUGAAGUCUCUUCUGCUUACCAAAGUUGCAUUAAAAUACAGUAAAAACAGUAAUAUUGUUAAAUAAUAUUAUAAUAUAAGCAUCAAAUCAGCAUAUUAGAAAGAUUCCUGAAGAUCAUAUGACACUGAAGACUGGAGUAAUAAUGCUAAAAAUACAGUAAAAAUAAAUAACAUUUUAUACUAUUCAAAUAUGGUUACUUCAAAUUAUAAUAUUUCACAAUAUUACUGUAUUUUUGAUCAAAUGCAGCUUUGCUGAGCAUAAGAGAAAAAAUCCUAACUUUUAAUUAGAACUAGUGGUACUUACAAUGCAUGCACUUUUACAUACAGUAUAGCAGUAAUCCAGGGUUAAUGAUUAUUAUAAGUGCCUAUAUUAAUAUCCAUCAUGUGAUCUAUUUGUUUACAUUAAGUCAUUUCCAUAAUUUGCAUAUAGUUACACCCUGCUGUAACAGUAUAGCAUAACAACAGUGAUAUAUACAAUAACAGUUGCCUUCAUCUCUGAAAUCAAUAACACACGACAUACUGUGCGUUUAAAACUGAACAGUAUUAUUUCACCCAAGCGAGCAUCACCAAAGAGCCAGGUCACUUAAAUACAAUGUUUACUUCUUUAACAUCAGUUGAAUCUGCAACAGAUCUGGCCAGAGCCUCUUAAAAGCCUUAAAGACGAUUUAGCGUGCUUGUUUUAAUGUUCCUCUUCUCCUUCUGCUCUCCUACCUCAAGACAAAUCUGUAAAGAGGUGAAACAGAGGUGAAAUAUUCAGGAUAUUCAAUACGAGAUCAAGGUGACACGGCAUCUAAAUGAUACACAGCCAUGUAACAGAUAUCGUAUAAAGCAAAGAUUCACUAUUCAGCAUUGUUCUCAAAUUUAAUUCACAGCAGACCAGAGAACUAGAGUGGAUUGACUUGUAGUAUGCAACCUUUUUAGACUUAAAGUGUGUUUUGCCUUCACCACACAUCAUGUGGUAGUCUUGAAUGUACAGUCUUGAAGAGGUUUCUAAUAUCAUUUGUGCCUUUGUGGUUCUUGACUCUUUAUGAAGACAUGUUUAAGAUGUACUGUAAUGCCAUUUAGCUAAAUAAUAGCAUUUUGCAGUCAAAUCAUGAUCCAGUGCAGAGGUAGGCAACGUCAGUCCUGGAGUGUCUUUGUAAACAGUAAGGUAUAGCUGACCCAUGUUGGGCCAGGAAACAGCCGUGGGAUUGUAUUAACAUAGGAUUUUAUUGAUUAUUAAAGUAAUCAGAAUGCAUUCCAAAAGAGUGACUUAAAUAUGCAUUAAUUCUCAUGCAAAUGAAAAACAAUGUGCCUUCAGUUCAUGUUGUAAUUCAGAAUAAAUUAUUCUGACUGGAAAAA